AUGUCAUCUGAGACGGACGAUCCCAGCCGACAUCCUCUGGUAGUGGCUUUGCGAGCCCUCCUGAGAGAGACCCAUGGCAAAUGCCGCUCUUUCAUCAAGGAUGCCGCCAUAGCUGCACACCAAGCUGCGUUACAGGGUUCCCUCGGCGCGCACGACUUGGCUGCUGGGCAACGCGAGGAGCUUCAGGACAAGCUGGAGGCUUUCCCUGGAGACCAGUGCUCGGAGUCUGUCAGACUCGUCUGGGAUACGUUGUUCUUCGCCCGUGACACUCCGCAGGACCAAGGACUUGACUUGGAAGAGAUCGAGGAAUUGGUGUUGGCACACCUCGUGGCCUUCCCGGAAUUUUUGGCGCAAUCUCUGGUUGUGAAACUGUUCCAGCAAGUACGCCUGGGGCAAAGCUUCCUCCACGAAGCAGAUCGACUGAUUGAUGUCUCAGCUGUGGUUCAGGAGCUCCAGCCACGGCUGCAGAAGCACAAGGCGACUGCACUCAAGAUUGCGGAGGGCUGUUGUGAGCAUUUGCAAGCUCGAUCGGAGAGCCUGGCCUCCAAGCUGCUGAGAAGAAUGGACUUGGACGGAGAUGGUUUCGUGGGGGAAUCGGACUUUCUCACUUCUGCGGUUCAUGCACUCGCGAUUGAGGUGGAGAACGUUGCUGUGUCGGUUGGGGUGCAGCAGUUGCUGAACGAUGAAAGCUUCGCGGACGAUUUUCAUGAGGCUGUCGGCUGCACGCUUGAGCUGAGUGCCAGCUCAGAAAAACCCCGGACGAGACAAGACUAG